UGCAAAGUAACGCAUGUAGUAAAAAGCAGAACACAGAAUCAAAAGAAAAUGACAUUGUUUUUCGAAGAAGAAGAAGAACCAUAACAUCUCUUCAUCUUCAUCUUCUUCUUCUUCCAACAACAGAGAAAAAUGCCUCAACAACACUCUCCCUCUUCCCUCAACAUCCUUCUCUGCCAAGAACAAUGCACUUUCCACAACAACACUCUCCCAUCUUUACCUUUGAUUUCGCUCGACAAUGAAGACGAUUACCUCACCACUCUAAUCUCCAAAGAGAAAGCAACCCAUUUCCAUUCCCCUGCUGAUGGAAUCCUAGCUUCUCAUGAGGGUCAUCGCCAUGAUGCUGUUCGCUGGAUUUCUGGAGUUUCAGCUUUCUAUGGUUUCACUGCUUUGACCACUGUUCUUGCAGUUAACUACUUUGACAGGUUCGUAUCGACCCUGAAGUUUCAGAUGGAUAAGCCAUGGAUGACUCACCUCACUGCAGUCACCUGUUUGUCUCUUGCUGCAAAAAUGGAAGAAACCCAAGUGCCACUUCUUUUGGACCUUCAGCAAGUGGAGGAAUCAGAGUUCUUGUUUGAAGCAAAGACCAUACAGAGAAUGGAGCUACUUGUGUUGUCAACUCUUAAUUGGAGAAUGAACCCUGUUACCCCAAUUUCCUUCUUUCAAUGCGUUGUCACAAGGCUUGGUUUCAUGAAUGGCUUGCUUUCUGAGUUUCUGUGUAGGUGCGAACGAGUUCUUCUCUGUCUCAUUGUGGAUUCAAGGGUUAUGAGCUAUCCCCCUUCUACAUUGGCUGCUGCAACAAUGAUCCAUAUCAUUAAAGAGAUUGAACCGUUUAAUGCAACAGAAUACACAGAUCAACUUUUGGAUUUACUCAAAAUUAGUGAGGAACAAGUGAAUGAGUGCUACAAAAUCAUGCUGAAACUAUUAGUUUGCUGUGGUGAUGUUCACAAUCUUCACCAAAAGCGUAAACGCCUUUAUGAACCAAGUAGCCCCGGUGGAGUCAUUGAUGCAUCUUUCAGCUGUGACAGCUCAAAUGAUUCAUGGACCGUGGCAUCACCAUUAUCACUCUCAGUGGAGCCUGUGUUUAAGAGGAGCAAAGCUCAAGAUCAGCAUAUGCGAUUGCCUUCAAUAAAUCGCAUGUCUGUUCAUCUUCUAAAUAGUCCUCGUUAAUAACUUAUCUUAGAAUAACUUAUAACAUGUUAGGUUUAUUUGGCAAUGCCUAUAUAUCUUGGAGUUAUGUUAUUUAGGUGAGGUGUAAUAUGUUUUCAGCUUUUGCAUUGCUGGCCUAACAUAUGAAAAUGAAUUAUGCAGAGAGGCCCUAUUAGUUUAAGCAGAACAAGGAUCUGAUGCUGAGUAGAAAGUUGAAUUGUAGAUUUAUCA